AUGCGGGUGCGAACCCGGCAGCAUCGCCAACGAAAGCGGAGGUCCGCACGCAAGCAGCAGCACUCCAUCAGCCCCUCCGUCACUCAUAAGCGAGGAGAGACCUCCGGCAUGAGAAGCCGAAGAGGUUGUGGCCAGGAGAAGCCAACGAAAGCCCGGGGCUGGAGGGAUGCCCUCGCCGGCUCCUGGGAUGCUGCAGCUCCCUGCAGACUUCCGACAGGCCCAAGCUGCCUCCCCACAAGAGGCAUCGGAUAA